AUGACCGCCAUUCAAGCUGUGUUCAUCCGCAGCUAUGAGGAACGCACGACACCCAAAUCCCACAUUGUAUACAAGAUUGACAUCCAAGCCCAUGUUCGAUCAUGGCAAAUGUGGCGGCGCUAUUCAGAAUUCGAUGAUCUCAACACGGAACUCACCAAAUCCACCAACUCACCUCCACCUUGUUCCUUACCACCGAAGCACGCGUUGACCGGUUUUCUGCGAUCGAAGAAGGACGAGAAGGUGCUAGAGGAGAGGCGAGCAGGCUUGGAGGCAUACCUCAGGGCAAUACUUGGAGCCAAAGAAGACAAAUGGCGGGAAUCGUUUGCAUUCAAGGAGUUCCUGGGUAUACCUAUAGGUCGCCAGGCCACCAUUCCUUCCGACCCCAACCAAUUCACAUCGUCCUCAUGGCUUGACGAACACGCAGCACUCCAAACCUUGCUCCGAGACGUCUGGGCAGACAUCAACAAGCGAGAUGCCCUCUCCGCUCAGGGAGAUGUCGCCGGGUCACACAAGUCGAACCUGGCUGCCAAGUCCAAGCUCGCAGGGGUGUUAUCCCGUAUAGGGUUGUUGGGCAAGUCUUUGCAACAAUUGGCUAUGGCUGGGAUGAGCGAGGGAGAACUACAGCGACGUACGGAUAUGGUCGGCAGGUUGCAGGACGACUGCGAGAAGCUGGGCAAGGUUGUGGCUGUUGCACGGCAGGCAGGCUCAAGAGGGCAGAUAUCUUCCAAUCCCAUGGAGCGCAGUGCUGCCUCCGAAACAGAUCGACGCGCUCUACUCGGUUCGAGUUCUUCCUCGAAACCUGCCCGCAGAGUGUUUGGUGCUUCAUCGUCCUCUCCCCCCAAGGAAUCAGAGACCACUCGCCCACUGGAUAACGUCGGUCUGUUCCAGCUACAGAAACAGCAGAUGGAUCAGCAGGACGACCAACUAUCACAGCUGACCACAAUUCUACAACGGCAACGACAACUCGGGGAGGCUAUAAACCACGAGGUCACCCUCCAAAUCGAAAUGCUGGACGAUUUAUCAAGUGGAGUGGAUCGCGUCGGGAACAAAUUAUCUGCAACGAACAAGAAACUCAAUAGGCUGUCGUGA